CAUCUCCUCAUCUCAUCCUGACGUCAUGCAAGCGGUAUUGGACAAUCCUAAGGCGAUGAACAAAGCGUCGCAGUAUAAGUUUAUGAAACUAGACGAAGGAAUACUAGUGAGCCCGUGUUAGUGAGCACUUUGGAGUUUGAGAAUGAAGAAAUAGAAGUAGUCAACAUCCAUGUUUUUCCUGUGUUCAGCUCCAGAAGUACCGAGAGCACCAGGCCCCUACGCACUGUCUGUUCAUUGACUUCAAAGUGGCUUACGACACCAUAGAUUGGACCGACUGGCAGGUACGACUGUUGAAAACCACUAUGGACCGGGUGCAGUGCAAGGUGAGAGUGUCGGACAUGCUGUCGCAAUCGUUUCAAUUUCACCGGGGUGAAUUUCACCAGGCAAGGGGACGUACACUCCUGUUUGCUGUUUAACAUCGCUGUGGAAGGUGCCACGGGCUUCGACAUCCGGGGUACGAUUUUCACCCGUUCUCUUCAAUUUCUCGGCUUCGGAGAAGAGAUCAUCGGACGGACAUCUCCCGACUGAAACGCUGGACCGAUAGAAUUGAAUUGAGGAUCAAUGCGACGAAGACAAAGUAGAUGCUUGCCGGAGGCUCUAACGGUGAUAAAGCCCAACUCUGUAGCAGACUAUCAGUUGACGGCGACGAUCUCGAGGUGGUAGAGGAGUUCUGCUACCUGCUAGUUCUGCUAACGUGCUCGUUUACUAGAGUGAAGCUAAGCAUGAGCAUGUCAGAAGCUGGAUGCACCUGGAGAUGAAGAAUAGUGGCCCUGGAGCAAGCUUCCUGGAAACAUUUCAAACGUUUCACAAACCACGCAGAGCGUCUUCCUAAUUCAACCGACUCCUGUUUUUCGAAAUUUAAAUCGAGCGAUGUGUUGGCAUUCCCAAGAUUACCUGUUCACUGUCAUCCGAAAUACUUCUGAUCAUAAAUAAACAAUUGUUUUAAAACCUGUAUUUGUGUCACUCGUUGCGGGGUCAGCAGAGAACACUGCAGACACCAAGAUUAUCUUUGUCUUCUUAUCUCCGGGCCAGUUCAUCAUACGACGAUUUCAUUAAAUAAUUAAGAUAAAAACGCUGUGAAAUAAUGGAUUGUUUUCGCUCGCAUUGGUUCAACAAUAAGUUUGUAACCUGUCAAGUUUUUACAAUAUACAAAAAAAGCUUUUUGGUCUAUUCCAGUAUUCCGAACCAUAUUUUAUCUUUAAAAUAAUAAAUCCAGUUGAACCGAGCUGCUGUGUCGGAUUCCGAUGUGUUUACAUUUUCAUUCACUGGUUCGUUCCAGAAUUAGUUGUCUAACAUGUUUGGAGCGGUACCAUACUAAUAUAGAAGGAUAGUUUAAAAUUAACCGUAAAGUAGCUCGCAGAGUUGAAGGUCGCGAGACUAUGAUAGUGUGAUGCAAGUAGAUCCACCAUCAUUGUUUGUGCCUCAACGAACCAGAUAGAUCUUCUUUCUUGGCUUAACUACCUCUAAGGUCUCGCCGUGCGGAAUUGCCAGAUAGAUAUUCUGUUUAUUUUUAUUUAAUCAAUUUGAAACAUCGACAUGUAUUUUUUUAAUUUUAUAAACGUCUGACUGUUCAUUGAUUGAUCAUAAGAAAAAUAAACAUUUGGGAACAAACCUUUAUGACUAUUAUUAUUACUAUUAUUUAAUUGUUUAAAAUAUCAUAAUUCGUAGAUAUUUCCUAAACAUAAAAAUGAAUCAGAGUUCUGCUUGCAAUUUAAAAAUAGUUUAGUUUGCAUGCGUCAGGGUCAACAAUGUGGUAUGAAAACAAGACAGCAUACGUUUGUAACGCAUUAAACCAUUUUGUUACGCUGCUGCAAAUGGACGUCCAAUGAUAAUGUCAUACAGAGCAAAGUUCUUUCAAGAAGCUGUUUUGCGUCGAGAGAAUUUUGACACGAUAGAAAUGGGACAGAACAUUAAUUAACCUUUGACGCAUUAUUUACAACACUAUCAACGUGUUUUUGUAAAGCAAUUACAGAACGGCAGAGACAGAUAAAAGGCUUUCGAGAGCUUUCCGGUUUCAGUAAGUGAACGAGUGUGGAUAGUGGUAGUAACCAUGCAGUUGUUUCUGUUGUUGCUGGUCGUUAUUUUCGGUACCAUCUUGUAUCGGCGGUAUAAGAACAUGUUCAAGUAUGCGGAUAAUAUAGAAAUGCUACAUUCGUACGUUCCUCUGUUCGGCCAUUCGCUCCUGAUGUUGGGAAAAUCAAGUGAACAGAUAUUUAAGAUACUUAACGAUGCGUUCCUGAAGCACGAUCGGUUAUUUCAAUUAAGAAUGGGACCGACGAUGUACAUCUCCUCAUCUCAUCCCGACAUCAUGCAAGCGGUAUUGGACAACCCGAAGGCGAUGAACAAAGCGUCGCAGUAUAAGUUUAUGAAACUAGACGAAGGAAUACUAGUGAGCCCGUAUCACUUGUGGAAGCAUCAGCGAAAAACGCUAAACACUUCGUUCAACAAACGUAUCCUUGAUAGCUUUAUACCGUGGUUUGACAAAUGUGCUGAAAAAUUGGUCAACGAAAUGAAGCGUGAGCCGAAUUUUUCUCAAGUGGAUGUGAUGAAGCACUGUGGUCGUUGCACUCUAGACAUGGUAUGCGGCUCGACGAUUGGCACAGACAUCUUGGACGAUCCGGAAGCAGGCAAAUAUAUAGCCAUAAUAGAAAAAGUGUCCGGUAUAGUUUCGGGGCGUUUUACAAAUAUAUUAAAGCAUGCUGACUUUCUGUACGAGUUAACUAGCGAAUACAAGUUUGAAAUGAAAUGUCGCAAUGAGUUUUAUCAGUUCAUCAAUACGAUAAUCGCUAAAAAGAAAAACACCAUAUCAACGGAAUGUGUUGAAAAAUCUCUCAGGGAGAAAGAUGAAAUUGAAUACAGAAAACCGCAAAUAUUCAUCGACCAUCUACUGAAAGGGAAACGUGGCGGGGAAUCCUUUACUGAUCUCGAAGUUUUGAUGCAAUCGGUUACGAUCAUAUUGGCGGGUAAUGACACGUCGGUUUUAGCAAUCUGCAAUCUGUUGACUCUAUUGGCAAUGCAUCGGGAUGUCCAGGAAAAGGUUCGUGACGAAAUUAUGGCCAUUUUUCCUGCCGAUGGUAAAAUCGAAACAACACCAGAAGCUUUGAACGAAUUGGUGUAUCUGGAACGAUGCAUUAAGGAAGGGUUGAGGUUGUGUCCUUCGGUGCCAUUGGUUGCUAGGGUCUGCAGCGACGAUAUAGAGAUAGAUGGCAACAUUAUUCCACGCGGAACGCCAAUACUUUUUAGCAUCGCUGCAUUGCAUCGCAGGAAAGAUCUUUGGGGACCGGAUGCGGAACGAUUCGAUCCGGAUCGAUUUUUGCCGGAACGUUCCAAGGGUCGUCAUCCGUAUGCAUUUAAACCAUUCAGCAUUGGUUCCAGAGAUUGUAUGGGUAAACAAUAUGCUAUAAUGGGUAUGAAACAAGUGUUAGUUCAUUUGCUGAGAAAUUUUCGUUUCCACACCGAUCUAGAGUACGAAAAGAUGGAGUUUAAAUUCGAUAUCCAACUGAGACUGUCUCAGAAAUAUACCUUCAAGAUUGAGACGAUUGGGACUUAAAUAAAUAAAUUUGAUGUUUAGGUAAGAGGAUUUGAAGCACAUUUCAAUUGUUUAUUAUAAAUUGUAUUUUUCGUUAAAAAUAUACUUAACCAUGGUUUCAAUCGAAUGAAUGAUGAAGAUGAAGAUGAGUUGAGAAAGAUGAGAUGAAGAAUGAAGAUUCUAUGUUUAUCUAAAAAAAAAUGCAGUAGUUGUCGGUUAUUUUCGAACACUUGAUUUACGAAAAGGAUCAAGCUGUUUGCAUGCCUUCCUUCACUUUCCAGAAGCGUUAACUUCUAAAAAAAGUCCUAACUCUUCGUCCCACCUUUAUGCUAAGUAUUGUUGCAAAAAAAGGAAAUAAACAUAGCUAAACUUUUCGAAUAAUAGAAAAAAUAACAUUGUAAUACCAGAAGUCACGAUGAGCAUUCAUUUCCGGACGCCUGUAGUACUUACGUAAAAAUAAUAUCAAAAUCAAAUAACUUGGAAAUAAGCUGAUAAGAUGAAACUAUCAAGAAAGCUUUACUAACAAAAAUUAAUAAAGUUUAAAAAAAAAUAUACCGUGAUUGAUUAAAACAUUUCAAUGCUGGUUCCUACUAUUUGUUGAAACAAUGAAGUAAAGAAAUGAUUUAUAAAGAAAAAUUAAAUUGCAUGAUCUUUGUUACAGUUUUGUAUGGGUGUAGCAACUGGUUCUGACUUCAAUACGAUUCCGCUAUACACAAAAACAAAUGCAUUUGCUCGUAUUUACAUACGCGACUGCAGAUAUCCAGUAUUCAGAACCAUAAUUUAUCUUUAACGCCGCAAAUCCAGUUGUUCCGUGCUACUGUGUCGGAUUCCGAUUUGUUUACAUUUUCCUGCAUUUUUUUUGUUUCUGUCGAGAACGGGAAGGUUUGUGGCAUUUGGAAUGUUUCAAUUAAAAUUUUACAUCUAUAUUAUUGGUCGUAGAUACUAGCUGUUAUAACAGUGGAUUGGGAUUAUAGCUGAUUAAAUUAAACAAACUAUACCCAUAGGAAUGUGUGAAACUUUAAAACAUUUCAUCGGCCAAAACAAUAUCAAUGUGCUGUAUGCACCUUGAUAAGCUUCUAGUGAACUUAACAAUUCAUUCACCCAUCCCGUAUGCAUUGCACUACAUUCGGAUUGUACUUUCUGUUAGAGUCUACCUUCAACUGUUGAUCCCUUGUUGAUGGCCGCAUCACCAAACAUCC